CGACCCCCUGUGUCUGCGGACUGGCAUCUUGUGUUUCUGCGUGCAAGGCUUUCUGGCGGCCAGCCUUAGCGCGAAGUGCUUCGCUUUCAAGACCAGGUCGUUUAACUGGACUUCUUGCGGCAUUUGGGCAUGAGCAGAUCGCCAGCUAGCAAUGCAGUCGCCACGGAGAAUGUCUCUGCGGAAUCUGAAGCAGCACCCUCAUCAUCUGUUGCUAGUGUGAGCGCUCCUCGCGUCAUUGUCAAUCGAGGUAUCACUCGUGAUCCGAGUCACGAAGUCCAAGUCUCAGAUCACGAACAUCAAGCACGUAAUAUUUUGUACCAGCUGAGCGCGAAAAGGCCACUUGAAGAUGUCACUCACAGCAAUAAUUCCGAAGCUGGCGUUCGUAUAGCGUCACCUGAGCGCCAUAUGCGGCGCAGAUUGAGUACGAACAUGCCCACGGCGUUCGGAGGAAUUUCUACUGGCGAACCUAGUCACUCUUGGUCCCGCGCGGGUCUUUUGCAGCCACGUAACUUCCUUUCUGCAGGUACUCAGUCCCAGUCGCGGUCUCAUACCUCCACAGUCGAGAGUGGUCAAGUUAACUCAAACUCCUCCAUUUCUACGUCCGGAGCCGAGAACAGGUCAGCUGAAAGCGCAAGUCCGAACCCGGAUUCUGCACAACCUAGCCACAACACCAACUUCUUCUCGCGGACUCCAGACGACAUUCGAGCAAGCACCGUGCAGCUCUCGAUGCUUGCGCUCCCGCCUCGUCCAUACCCAGAUCAUCUCACACCGGGUGGUCCCUCCUCGUUUCCUCCACGCAGCCCAUGGUCUCCACCUGCGGAUGAAGGCACGUCUAAUGCGCCGCCGUCACUGCCGUUCCUCGGACCACACCAGAUGCGUACACCUUUAACCGCCGCGGAUCUUGCUCGACUCUCUUCCGCCCACGUUUCUUCUGGCACACGUUCGGUUUCUCAGCGCGCACAUGUGCGCGAGCAUGAGAAUGAACAUGGAUCUCGGUCUAGUGAGACUUACAUCAACCAGGCAGAUCAGACCAGACAGCACGCUUCACGCUCCCCAUUUUCGUCAUCAUUUCCCGCUUCAACUCCCGUGUCAUCGGGUUCAGAGUCGGCAACUCCACAAACCGUCGCUACAGGGCGUGAACGAAGUGAGGACUACCCCAUAGGUGCCAGUGGCCCGACUCCCGUCGUCCCCAGUACACCUUCCGGCAUUUCUCUACUUCUCGCAAGACAACGUUCACGCCCGGAAGAAUCAAAGGAACCAUCGAAGGACGAGAUCAAAGCCGGGAAAGACGCUGUCCUUGGCUCCGGACUUCCAAGGCGAAAACCCGUCCCGGAGUCCGAACCGCUUGAGGAAACUCCGAUUCGGAUGCCAUCGGACGAGGAGACGCCGCUUCUCCUGCCUUCUUCAUCUCCAGCGGAGUCCUCGCGAGGACCUUCGUUAUAUUAUGGUACACGCUCGCGUUCUUCUUCUCCUCAUCCUCGGCGUCCAUGGUGGCAGUGGACGCGAAGAAAGAGCUCUAGCUCGUCCGGGGGUUUCGGAAAUGCUUUUGCCAAUGGCCAUGGUAUACUGGCUGGUCCAGGGAGUAGUCCUAGUGGAAAGAAAAAGACUUGGAAGAUGAAGCAAAUACGUGGGAUGGUAGCAUCUGCUGUGCAACGCAUAGCGUCGCCAAGGAUCGCGGCAGAUGUGGGCGAAACUGCGUUGCGAAGUAUUCCCGCUGUUCUCCUUGGAAUGCUAUUGAACAUUCUUGACGGAGUGUCAUAUGGUAUGAUAAUGUUUCCGUCAAACGACAUUUUCACGAACUUCGGUGGUAUCGGUGUCUCUAUGUUCUUCGUCACGUACAGUCUGCCAAUUCUCUUCCAUGCUAACCCUGCUUAACAAAUGCUCCACGCUCUACAGUACCAUUGUAUCCCAACUUGUUUAUUCUUUCGGCGGAAGCGGGUUCGCUGGCGCAAAUGGGAGUAUGAUGAUCGAAGUUGUCCCAUUCUUCCACAUUCUCGCCGCUGAGAUCACGAAUGAACUUGGCGAGGAAAAUGUCGCGUCCAUCAUCAGUACCACAAUUGCAGCGUUCGCGUUCUCUUCCGUACUCACAGGCUUAACAUUCUUUCUACUGGGCUAUCUCCGUCUUGGCGUUGUGAUCGGUUUCUUUCCACGACACAUACUCGUUGGGUGUAUCGGCGGCGUCGGUGUGUUCCUCAUUCAAACGGGACUGGCAGUCUGUGCACGGAUCGACGAUGACGAGUUUAGCUACUCGUUUGAGACGCUCAAGUUUUUCUUUGGUAGCGGGCAUAUUAUUGCGUUGUGGCUACCGGCGUUCGCACUUGCGGUUCUUCUGCGCCUGAUCACGCAUCGGUUCCAUCAUCAGCUCAUCUUUCCUAUCUAUUUCAUGUUAAUCCCUGCGAUCUUCUAUAUCAUCGUUGGAGCGGCUCGUUUGGAUAUUCCGAUGCUACGGCGCACGGGUUGGGUCUUUGAUAUGGGUGGCUCUUCGGAAGCGUGGUACAAGUUCUAUUCGUACUUUAACUGGAACAAUACGAGCUUCAGGGCACUUUGGGUGACUAUGCCUACACAGUUUGCACUGUUAUUUUUCAACAUCCUUCAUCCACCUCUAAACGUUCCUGCUCUCGCCGUCUCGUUAAACGAGGACGUGGACACCAACAAGGAGCUCGUUGCACACGGCUAUUCGAAUUUAUUUGCCGGUUUUCUCGGUACUGUGCCUAACUACUUGGUAUACGUGAACACGCUCUUGUUCUAUCGCGUCGGUGGCACGACUCGCGUUUCCGGUUUCUUGCUUGCACUCGCCACCUUCCUUCUGCUCGUCGUCGGGACUGAACCCAUAGGAUAUAUCCCGAUUAUGCUUGUUGGUGCUCUCAUCUUUGUCCUCGGCAUUGAUCUUGUCAAGGAGGCACUGUGGGACACGCGCAACCGCGUGAAUAGGUCCGAGUAUCUUACUAUCAUUAGUAUUAUGGUCUGUAUGACGUUGUGGGAUUUCGUCAUCGGCGUGCUAUUCGGGAUCGUUGUCUGUUGUUUCUUCUUUGUCGUACAGAACUCUCGAAGACGCAGCAUUCGAGCGAUGUUCACUGGAGAGUCUGCGAUGUCUGCUGUGCGCAGGCCUAGCGCUCACAGAGACUAUAUCCGCCAAGUCGCUAAGCAGACUAUCGUGCUCCGACUCCAAGGAUUUCUCUUUUUUGGCACGAUCACGCAAGUGGAAGAAGCAGUCCGCGCUCUCGUUGAACCUUCCGCGUGGCAACACAAUCCAAUUCGCUUCCUCGUUAUUGAUUUCUCGCUCGUCCUUGGAGUCGAUAUGUCAUCCGCAGAAGCUUUUAUGCGCAUACAACGACUGUUGGUUUCACGAGAUAUCAUUAUCGUGCUUUGUGGGUUCACGGCUGAGUCUUCUGUCGGACGUGCAUUGCAGAGUGUAGGGCUGCUUGAAGAAGAUGGCGUUGAGCUAUUUGGUAACUUUAACGAUGCGAUGGAGUGGACGGAAAAUGCGUACCUUAAGGCUUGGUUCAUGGGACAGAAGAGCGAAGUGGAUGCAUCGUGUAAAGCGAUAUCUUUUCCAGGCCGACUGCAAGAGCAACCCUCUUUCCACAUGGGAGAGUCCUUCAUCCAUUCACCUCGGCGAAACGAGAUACAUGCAGCAGCAGGUCGGACACUCGAGAUCGAUCCUCACUCCGAAUUCGACAAUAUGACCAACCAAAACACCACCACUACCCCGUCCUCCAACGACACUACCACAGAAAACGUCUACAUCUCCCUCAGCAGAGCAUUCAGCUCCUACGGACACGUCAACGCCGACCAGUUCCACCCUUUACUCGCUAGUUUCGAGCGCGUCGCCGCCACCGAAAAAACCACACUCUGGGAACUAGGCGACCCACCUGAUGGGCUCUAUCUCAUCGAAUCGGGAGUCCUCCGCGCGAUUUACAGCUUCCCUGAUCGUAAAGACACGUUUGAAGAGUCUAUGGUCGGCGGGACUCUCGCUGGAGAGUUGUCCGCGUUGUCGAAUUUACCCCGUAAUGCACGAGUCGUGGUUGAGAAGGAUGCGGUUUUGUGGAGGUUGUCGAUGGAGAAACUUGCAAAGCUUGAGACGGAACAUCCGGAACUUGCGCGAGUUUUCUUCCAUAUGGUUUUAAAAGUUGCCAAAACGGAUUAUGACAUUCUUCUCUCAGCAUUAGCUGCUCGGCAAUAAUUAUAGACGUUCAUUGGCUCUACAUCGCAUCCAUUCGCAUUAUUCUUGCAUCUUCUUCCUUUAUUGGGCAUACGAUCACGAUGGAUGGAUCGGAUCACUGCAGAAUAGGUAUUUACAGAGGUACACUUUGGCAUGACAUGAUAAAGCAUGUAUGACAUGACGAAUCAAAAAGAAACCACGACGCGUGAUCAAUGCGCAGUUGGUUGACCACAUUUGCAUUCAAUUAAAUUUACUUAAUC